AUGGGAUCUCAGCCGGAUUACAGCCUCCCUACUCAGGAGGUUGCAUUUUCAGGCUUUCUGUUCGACAUGGACGGAACAAUCAUCGACUCUACCCCAGCAGUCAUCAAGCACUGGCAUGCAGUCGGUGAGGAAAUUGGCGUCGCCCCUGAAGUCAUCUUGGAGACUUCCCAUGGUCGCCGGAGUAUAGACAUUUUGAAGAUUCUUGCGCCUGAAAAGGCCAACUGGGAAUACGUCACAAAAAUGGAAGCCGAGCUCCCCAAAAAGUACGCCGACGACGUCGUCGAAAUCCCCGGCGCUCGCUCCCUCCUCUCCUCCAUCAUCUCCCACUCCUUCCCCUGGGCCAUCGUAACGUCAGGCACCCAGCCCCUCGUCCGCGGCUGGCUCAAGAGGCUCUCGCUCGGCACCCCUGAGCACCUCAUCUCAGCCGAGUCCGUCGAGAACGGCAAGCCCGAUCCGACGUGCUACCGCAUCGGCCUGGAAAAGCUCACCCUCCAAAACAAGGCCGGCGACGUCCUCGUCCUCGAAGAUAGUCCCGCCGGCAUCAGGGCUGGCAAGGCGGCGGGCUGCAAGGUCCUGGGACUGGUGACGAGCCACACUGUGGAACAGGUCGUGGGGGCCGAGCCUGACUGGGUUGUAAAGGAUCUCGAGAGCGUGAGGGUCGUGAAACUUGAGAAUGGGAAAAUGACGCUCGAGAUUUCCAACGCGCUGCGUCUGGAGUAAGCUAGAGGAGCGUGAGAAAGAAGAAACUUUGGCUUCCGGUAUUAGGAAAGGGAAUAAAAGAAGAGGGAAGAGUGGUUUUGGAGGGCAACUUCAAGUCAAAUACCACAGGUAAUCAUCCUUAUAGACAACCAACUUUAGCAUUCCGUACGAACAACCCUUUGUGAGGGGAAGAAUUGGGGGCCUCGGCAGGUAUUUCGCGUCCUCGGAUCCAUC